CAGGCAGAGCCGAGCCGAGCCGAGCUGAGCCAGGCCAGAAACCAGGACCAGAUGGACCAGCCGAGAUCCUGAGGAGCAGGAACAAACUCGGAGUGAUACCUGGACUAAACCCGGACUAUCCCCGGACUAAAGGCUGGAUUAACGGCGGACUAACCCCGGAUUACAGCCGCCUCAGCAGCCAGGCUAGCUCUUUCAAGAUGGCCGACGCCGAGGUCUCCCUGUCCCCGGCUCUGCGGUCGCUCCACCUCAGCCCCGCCCACUCGGCCCCGCCCCCCGCCUCCUCCGCCUCCUCCCCCACCACCUUCUCCUGCCCCUCCUCCCCCUCCAGCGCCUCCUCCUCGUCCUCCUCCUCCUCCUCGUCUUCCUCCUCCUGCUCCGACAGCUCCUCCGACUGCCCCGCCCACCACCACCACCACCAUCACCAUCACCAUCAUCAUCACCACCACCACCCCCGCCCCCAGCUGCAGCUGCCCCCCCCUCCUCAGCCCCAGAGCGACCAGCCGUCCUCGCCCAGCGCCAGCCCCCGCAGCUCCAGCCCCAGCGGCAGCAUCGGCAGCACGGGCAGCCUGGGCAGCAGCGCCAGCGAGGGCAUCGGCAGCGGCGGGACGUCCAGCGGAGGCGAGCCGCGAGGCCCCAGCCCGCCGCUCGACGUCAUCUCCGAGGACGCCAUGGAGAUGGACCUGGGCGUCGACCAAGUGAUCGACCCUGAAGUGGCUCUGAAGGCGUGUCAGGAAGUCCUCCUCAAGGUCAAGCUGCAGAACGGCGACGCUCCGGCCGCCGAGCAGCAACAGGAUCAACCGCAGCAACACUUCACCGACUUCAGCGAGCGCUGCAGCCCGCAGCGGCGCGGCGGCCCGGUGUACCUGGAAAAGUCCGACACCAGCUCCAUUAAAGAGGAGGAUGAGGAGGAGGAGGAGGAGGAGGAGGAGGCGCAGCCGAGCGGAGGAAAAGACCGAGGAAAACAUCCUGUUGCCUCCCAACAAGAGCCGAUGGCGCCGCCUCCUCCCUCGUCCCGGGCGGAGUCGUCCUCGCCGUCUUCGUCCUCGUCGUCCAAACAGUCGUGGCUGCUGCGCCUGUUCGAGUCCAAGCUGUUUGACGUUUCCAUGGCGAUCUCCUACCUGUACAAGUCGAAGGAGCCGGGGGUGCAGGCCUACAUCGGGAACCGGCUCUUCAGCUUCCCGGACAGCGAGGUGGAUUUCUACCUGCCUCAGCUGCUCAACAUGUACGUCCACAUGGACACCGAGGUGGGAGACGCCAUCAGACCUUACCUGAUUCAUCGCUGCAGACGCAGCAUCACCUUCUCCCUGCAGACCGCCUGGCUGUUGGGCGCCUACUCCUCCGACAUGCACAUCUCCACCCAGCGACACUCCCGCGGCACCAAACUCCGCAAACUCAUCCUGUCCGACGAGCUCAAACCGGCCGCCGGGCUCGUUUCCGCCGACACGAGCGGCGCCUCUUCCUCCGCGUCCGGCAGCCCGGCCGCCUCGCCAUCCCCCGCCGGCAGCCCCGGCCUCGGGGACCGCUCCUCCUGCGCCGCGCGCUCGCACCGCCGCCACCGGAGGCACAACAGCAGCAACGCGGAGGCCUCCCCGCCCUCCCCCUCCUCCUCCCCGGACAGCCCCGUCCCGGGGGAGGUGGAGGUGUUCGUCUCCCCCUCCAGGAGGACGCACCAGCGCUCCAAAUCGGACGCCACUAUGGGCAGCGGCGGGAUGGGCGCCGGCCUGCGACGGACGGGGAGCAACCCCAAGGUGGAGGCCGGCCACGAGGAGCCGGAGCGGCUGCGUCCUCAGCGGGACUUUGUAAAGUCUCUGAUGGGCAUCGGGAAGCGGCUGGCGACUCUUCCCACCAAGGAGCAGAAGACGCAGCGGCUGAUCUCAGAGCUGUCGCUGCUCAACCACAAACUGCCGGCCCGCGUGUGGCUGCCGAGCGCCGGCGACCAGCACCACGUCGCCCGCAUCCCACACACACAGGCCGUGGUGCUCAACUCCAAGGACAAGGCUCCUUACAUCAUCUACGUGGAGGUCCUGGAGUGCCAGAGCUUCGAGACGUCGCCCGUCCCCGCCCGCAUCCCGGAGACCCGGAUCCGCUCGGCCCGCUCGGCCGAGAACCUGGACUGCGGCGCCGCCGGGAGCGGAGGCGGCAGCGGCGGCUCCGGGAGCUCCGGCGGCGGCGGGAUGACGGCGGAGCACCGAGCCGGAAGCUUCUCCACCGUCCCGAACUACGACAACGACGACGAGGCCUGGGCCACCGACGACAUCGGACAGCUGCAGGUGGAGCUGGCUGAGGCUCAGACCAGCAGCAGUGACAACAUCAGUCAGUUCUCGGUGGACAGCAUCACGAGUCUGGAGAGCAAGGAGCCGGUGUUCAUCGCUGCUGGAGACAUCAGACGGCGUCUGUCGGAGAACCUGGCGCACACGCCCACGGCGUUCCGGCGGGACCCCGAGGACCCGUCCGCCGUCGCCCUCAAGGAACCCUGGGAGGAGAAAGUCAGGCGGAUCAGGGAGGCGUCUCCGUACGGUCACCUGCCCAACUGGAGGCUGCUGUCCGUCAUCGUUAAGUGUGGAGACGACCUGAGACAGGAGCUGCUGGCCUACCAGGUGCUGAGCCAGCUGCAGUCGAUCUGGCAGCAGGAGCGCGUUCCCCUGUGGAUUAAACCCUAUAAGAUCCUGGUGAUGUCCUCGGACAGCGGCAUGAUCGAGCCCGUCCUCAACGCCGUCUCGCUGCACCAGGUGCGUAAGCAGAGCCAGCUCUCCCUGCUGGAUUACUUCCUGCAGGAACACGGCAGCUACACCACCGAGGCCUUCCUCACCGCGCAGAGGAACUUCGUCCAGAGCUGCGCCGGCUACAGCCUCAUCUGCUACCUGCUGCAGGUCAAAGACAGCCUCAUAACACCUGAGACAGGCUCUCACCUCCCUUGUUUCCACGGCUCCAGCACCAUCCGGGGCCUGAAGGAGCGUUUCCACAUGUCUCUGACCGAGGAGCAGCUGCAGCUCCUGGUCGAGCAGCUGGUGGACGGCUCCAUGCGCUCCAUCACCACCAAGCUCUACGACUCCUUCCAGUACGUCACCAACGGCAUCAUGUGACCGCCGCCGCCGCCAUGACGCCACGGGGACCCGGCGGGGACACCGAGCUGACGGGCGCCAGCGGGAGGCGAAGGAGACGGCCUCGUCUUUUGUUGUUGUUGUUGUUGUUUUCAACGGAGCCGCUGGAGGCUUUGGUUUCUUCUCUCUUCACUCUCUUCACUUCCUGCUCUGGAUCUCACCGCGUUUUUCUGGAUUUGUCGCAGUUCUGUUCGCUCCCAUCUGUCUGUUUGAGUUUAAAAAAACAUCAGACAGAAGAGACGUUUCAUUGGUCGAGUUUCCCCGUGAAGCCGCUCACGUGUUUUUAGUUCGGUCACAUGACGCAGCUCGUCCACCGCCGUCGCUCCGCCUCGUUACUCUGCUGGACCCGAGUGGAUUUUACUGUGCUGCUGCUUCCUGCAUGGAGCCGAGCGACUCAAAUGAAGAACCAGGAGGAGAAAACAAGCUGAGACUGACCUCGGUUCAGUCAGGCCUUACUGAAACACUACACACACACACACACACACACACACACACACACACACACACACACACAUGCAUGCAUAUUGCUACAUGCAUCUCCUGCAUGUAAAGCCGUGUGUGUGUGUGUUCCAGCUGGUGAGUUUCACCGGCAGGACGUUUCAGGACGUUUCAGGACGUCACACCAAACUAAGACCUAAAAACUGAACCCGUCCCGGGGCGCAGAGCGACCCGCUCACCAGGCGGGGCAGAAACUCAGCACAGCGCCAACAGGAGCUGCUAAAAGACCAGAGAAGAAGAAGACGAUCAGAGCAGAUCAGAUGUUAAAAUUAGCUUCAUCAUAUCAACCCUGACUGGCUGCUCCUCCUCCUCUUCAUCAUCAUCUAUCUUUGGCCUUGCAGAGGAAGAGAAGAGAAGCUCGCCCACACUUCCUCUCCUCCUCUGUCCAUCUGAAUCCUCUUUGGACUAAACGCAUGAGGACGUGAAGGGAGGAGAGGAAACGGACAAACUGUCGGUGUUUCCCGUCUGAGAGUCUGGAUCGUUCUUAAAGAACGGGACGGACGAGGAGAAAGCACAACGUUACACAUUAUGUUGGGACGGUGUGUUUUUUGGGACCUGGUCUGGCGGGGCAUGUUGUUCAAAACAUGAGACGGCCCAGACAGAGAGAGAGAGAGAGGGAAAGACAGAAAGAAAGAAAAAGAAGUUUAAAAACCACAAGUCUGCCUUUUCAGCCUCUCACAUCUUUUGACGCCAACUGGAAAGUUUUUCUGGACCAGAAGCAGGACUCGCUCACGUGGAGACGUUUCGCUGCUUCCUCACCAGGCGCCGGUCAUCAAGGCUCUCAGGCUCGGUCACUGUCCUGGACAAUAAAUGGAGAUACAAUCCAAUCGAUAAUCAAUAGGUAAAGUCCCCCGUGGUUCAGGCUUCACACGGCGGGCGGCUUCCCUACAGCUGAGCUGUGAAAAUUAAAAACCUUCACGGUGUUAUUAAAUCGUAAGGAGAGGCAGAAAAGCCUCCAGUCGCUGCAAACGUCUUUUAAAGGGGCAUUGAGUAGCCUGAGACCUCUAGUGGUGGCCAGUGGGAACUGCAGUGUCCGUGCCUGCACAUUAGAGCUACGGUGGCCUGUAGUUGACAAAUCAUAAAGUCAUUUUGGUCAAUUUGUGCGACGCGGCGGACAGAAUCAGGCGUAUUCAUCCUUUACGUGUCGGCAUCGACCGCCUCUGGUGACCAACAGAAACCAGUUAAAGCUCCUCAUGUCAGAGCGUCCCCUCACUUUAUCACUGCACUAUUUCAUUUUCUUUGUUUUUUUUUUUUUGUUUGUUUGUUUUUAAGUCUCCUGAAGGUCCGUGUGUCAUUUCAGGCUGAACCUGAGCUACAGACUGUGGUGUCGUUUCCCCACGAGCCCAGCUUUGGUUUUACUUGAAGGAUUUCCUGGACGUGUCGUCAGUUUGAAGAAGAAAAAAAAACAAUUUGCAGAGGAUUUAUGCAAAUACAGCAACAACAACAACAACAACAACAUAAAAACACCUCAUCAUGGAAGCUCCACUAAUUGUACAUCUGUGUAUACCUUUCAGCUAAAUUAAUGUUACAGUUCCGUUUGUCCGUUAAUGAAAUUUGCAUAUUUAACGAAUGCUCGACCUUCCUCCUCCCCGAUUGGCCCCAAGAUGCAUUCCUGUGAUUAACUCCAGCCAAUCAGGAGGGAGGCGGCCGGCCGGGCGUGCGAGGCGAGCGAGAGCAGAGACGGACUCGUCUUUCUGCGUCGGACAGAAAGUUGAUUUUUCUUCCUGAGGAGAUCAGUGAUCAUCAGUUUCCUGGAUAUGUGAAUGUUUCCUCUGGGACGGACAGACAGACAGACAGACAGACAGACAGACAGACAGACAGACGGACGGGCUCUCAGUGUCUCACCUGCAGGCGAGGCGCUAACACCUGACCGCGCUCCUCCUCCGGGGCCUCAUGUCCUGUACAUAAGAAGAGCCUUUGCUCCUCAUCAAAUGAGCUAAACCUAUGAUAUAUAUAUAUAUUUUUGUUGAUCUCAGUGUAGCUGUGUACCUACGACACUUCUUCUCCGACUGAAAUGCACAACGAGGUGACGUGAGGCUCCUUCUGGCGGCCAUGUUGGAGGAACACGGAGUUCGUCAGCUGAUUGUGUUGCUAAAUGUAAAAAAAACAACUGAUCAUUUCAUCUCCGAUCCAUCAGAUUGAUUUU